AGGUCAAUGCGUGCGCGUGCUUUUAUUGGAUCCGCCGCUGUCACAUUCGCGACGCGCGUUAUUCCUCGUCAGGAAACUCGCGACGCGCAAACGCCUCGUCUUCUGUCACCCGGCGGCCGUCCGUCCGUUUUCUUCGUCCACCCGCCCGCGUCAAACAGAGACAGAAUCGUAGGCCCUUGAUUGACAGCUGCUCUUUGGCGAGCUCCGCGUUGACGCGCCGCUCCGGAGUUUCAUCUAACGGCCCGUUUGAUGUCAUAGAUGCCGGAUCGCGCGUCCCGCGGCGCGUCAGGGCCAGAUUGCAGCCUGUUGAUGGGGAGCGGAAUCAACGCGCCGGUUCGCUCCCAAUGACUGACGCUGAGGCCGCGCGGAGCGAUCGCGUGUGUUUCGCGCCCGUCGAAGGAGAAUAAACGCGCGAAUGGACGAAACUGUCGUGUGAACCAAACCGGAGCCAGAAUCCGCCAGAAAAGAGGCGAAGUUCGCGCGCGGACCGACCGCGAGGAUGAGGAGUAACGCGCGCCAGUGAAGCGCAGAGGCGGCGGCGGGAGCACCAUGAGCGGAGCUUCUGUUUGAUCCAGAGACUCGAUAGAUCCGAUCGAUCUGAUCGACUGAUGAUCUGACGGAGAAACGUUCCUAUUAGCGCAGAACGAGCGGAGCGUCGGGUCGCGUCGCGUCGCGGCUGAAUGAUGGGCUGCGCCUCCAGCAUCCACAUCUCCGACAGGGUGGUUUAUCACAGCGGGAAAGAGUCCGAAGACUCGCCGCAGCAGAACUGCCCUCAGCCGGGCCAGAUCAAGCCCAGCAACGCCUGUCUGAGCACGUUCACGGAGGUGCAGUUUGGACCAAUGAAGCUCUAUGAAGAUCAGCUGCAGGUGCUGUUAGUGUUUGCCAAAGACGACGCUCAGAGUAACAGCUUCUGCUGGGCGUGUGAACGCGCUGGUUUCAGGUGUAACGUGGCCCGGACGCCAGAAGCGGCGCUGGAGAGUUUCCAGGAGAAGAACCACGAUCUGAUCAUCAUGGACCACAGACAUUCCAGAUACUUCGACGCUGAAGCGCUCUGCCGCUCAAUUCGAGCCAUCAGUUGCUCUCACAACACUGUGAUUGUGGCUGUAGUGAAAAGGCCGGAUCGUGAAGAAGCCACUGUGAUGCCGCUGAUAUCAGCAGGAUUUAACAGGCGAUAUGUGGAGAACUCCAACAUGAUGUCCUGUUAUAACGAACUCAUCCAACUCCAUCAUGGAGAAAUACGAGCUCAGAUCAAACUCAGAGCCUGUAAUGCUGUUUUUACUGCACUGGAACAGAGUCAGGAAGCCAUUGAGAUCAGCAGUGAAGAUCAUAUCAUACAGUACGUCAAUCCAGCGUACGAGUGCAUCAUGGGAUACCAGCGUGGAGAACUGCUGAAGGAAAACACUGAAGUGCCUAAGAGUGAACAAAACAAACCAGACCUGCUGGAUAACAUCAGCUCCUGCCUCCGCAGAGGGAAAGAGUGGCAGGGGGUUUAUUAUGCCAAAAAGAAGAACGGAGACAGUGUGCAGCAGAAUGUGAAGAUGACGCCUGUCGUUGGACAGGGAGGUAAAAUCAGGCACUGUGUGUCUGUUAACAGGCCUUUAAAUGACCAUAACAAGACAGAAAAGCCGUGUGAGCGAGUCCAGGCCGAAUCACAGACAGAUAUUCAGCAGUCCAGCAAACAUAAGGACCGCAGGAAAGGAUCGCUGGACGUUCGCUCAACGACCUCUAGAGGAAGUGAUGCAGGAAGUUCUCAGAGGAGACACUCGUCUAUGGCCAGAAUCCACUCCAUGACUAUUGAAGCUCCCAUCACUAAGGUGAUAAACAUCAUCAAUGCGGCUCAGGAGAGCAGUCCGAUGCCGGUGGCUGAAGCGCUGGACCGCGUGCUGGAGAUCCUGCGGACAACAGAGUUAUACUCUCCUCAGCUCGGUACUAAAGAGGAAGAUCCUCACACCAACGACCUAGUGGGCGGAUUGAUGACUGACGGACUGCGCAGGUUAUCAGGAAACGAGUACAUCUUAGCCACAAAACAGCUGCACCACAUCCCAGGUCACCUGACCACACCACUGUCCCUCAACGAUAUCCCACCAUGCAUUGCUCAGACGAUGGAAAACGAAGACUCGUGGGACUUUGAUAUUUUCAACCUGGAGUCAGCUACCAUGAAGCGGCCUUUAACGUAUCUGGGUCUGAAGAUCUUCUCGCGGUUCGGCGUCUGUGAGUUCCUGAGCUGUCCGGAGGCGACGCUGCGCUCCUGGCUGCAGAUCAUCGAGGCCAAUUAUCACUCCAGCAACUCCUACCACAACUCCACACACGCCGCAGACGUGCUGCACGCCACCGCAUACUUCCUGUGCAAGGAGCGCGUCAAGCAAAGUCUGGACCCCAUAGACGAGGUGGCGGCUCUGAUCGCGGCGACCGUGCAUGAUGUCGAUCAUCCUGGGCGGACAAACUCCUUCCUGUGUAACGCAGGAAGUGAACUGGCCAUUCUGUACAACGACACGGCCGUGCUGGAGAGUCACCACGCUGCGCUGGCCUUCCAGAUCACCACACGAGACGACAAGUGCAACAUCUUCAAGAACAUGGAGAGGAACGAGUACCGCACACUCCGGCAGGCCGUCAUAGACAUGGUCCUCGCCACUGAGAUGACCAAACACUUCGAACACGUCAACAAGUUUGUCAACAGCAUCAACAAACCGCUGGCAGCACUGGAGGAGAACGGGGGUAAUGGUGAUGAGGACUCGGCGCAGAGCAUCCUGACGGCUCCAGAGAACCGGAUCCUGGUGAAGCGGAUGUUGAUCAAAUGUGCUGAUAUCUCGAACCCCUGCAGACCGCUAGAGCUGUGCAUCGAGUGGGCCGGACGCAUCUCAGAGGAGUAUUUCGCACAGACGGAUGAAGAGAAGCAGCAGGGUCUGCCGGUGGUGAUGCCCGUGUUUGAUCGCAACACCUGCAGCAUUCCCAAAUCACAGAUCUCCUUCAUCGACUACUUCAUCACCGACAUGUUCGACGCCUGGGACGCGUUUGCCGAUCUGCCCAAUCUAAUGCAGCAUCUGGACAACAACUUCAAAUACUGGAAGAGUUUGGAUGAGAAGAAGCUGCACAGCCUGCGACCGCCACCAGAGUGACACACACUCUCUCACACACACUCUCUCACACACACACACACACACACACACACACACACACACACACACACACACACACACAGACACACACGUGUGUGAGAGGAUGGGCGGAGCUAACGAUUGAGCUGCAGACAGAAUGUGAAGAAACACAUCUGUGGAGCACUAUUUAUUUUGGUCCAGCUGUUCCUAGUUUUUUUAAUAAUUAAUAACUAAUGAUGAGAAUCAUGUUAGCUAAUAAAUACCCUCAGAAUGAGAGAUGAUCUAAACGCCAAAGGUGAUUAACACGAAUGAUGAUGUUAUUGUAUUUAAAAACUGCAGACUCAGAAGGAAGCGUCAGGUUUUUAUUUUGGCGAGCAUCUGUGAAGACUUCGGGCCUGAGUGGUUUUCCUCCAGAGAUUUCCUCUGUGGUCGAUCUACUGACGAGACUGCUGCCUUAUUUUAUACGCUCUAUUUAUACGGCUGCGACGGACUUCUGCGGUUUUUAACACGCUCACGUUAUAUGAAGUAAAUCUCAAUAUUUUUAUAGAUGAUCAAUUUUACACUGGAACGAUGUAAAGCAUCUCAGACUCCUCAGAGAGGGAUGGUCCUUCAUUCUUCAUGUUGUUGUUGACGUCCGUUUGUCUGUGAAGACCGGCGGCUUCUCUCUGUCUCCAUCAGGGUCUGUUUAUUGGAUUCAUUCUGUGUUUCUGGGUUCAGACGGAUGCCGCUUGUUUGUGGAGCGGCUCGCAGUGAUUUACUCCAUCCUGCAGCUGAAUAUAAGCGUCCCACCAGCACUUCCCAUGUGAUCAUCUUCCUCCGAAUCACGCCACAGACGGAGCGUCUUCAGCCCGGCCACGCUUCGCUCCCAAAUGAAAAGAAAAAUGAGAUUAUAUUUUGUAUUUAGGACCAUUAUGAUUUUUUUUUGAGUUCAAGAUGAGUUACCUCUUCUUCAGAUUGCUCUUUAAAUUCUCAUCUGUAAUGUCAAAAGGACUUAUUUAAAUUGUAAAGUAUUUCUACAUCAUUGUAGUAUUUGUUGUACUGCCCUUUUUUGAUUUAAUAAAAAAGCUAUUUUUUAUUGUAAAGCAGAACUACAAUAAUAAAUGAAACUACAAUAAUAAAACUAACAUCCAGGUGAGACUCGGGUGACGAUUUGUGCUUGAUUGUCACAAAACAACGCAGAAAUCCAGGCUUGGCUUUAAUGCAGUGAAGCGUGAGCUGGAUGUGUGUGAGAUGCGCUCUUCAGUGUUUGUAGAGUGUUUCGAGUCUGUGAUGGAUUCCCACGGGCUCAUGAAGUUCAGGACUUCUGCUGCUUCUGUGGAUCAUUGCACAAACCUGUCAGCAGCUGUUUGGGCUUCUUAUGUUGGUUAUGUUUCAUUCUCAUCUUUCAGUUCAUGAUCAGUUCUUCAGAUCAGUCCAGGUUUUUGAGCUCCAGUAUGAAGAUGCGUUUCUAGAGAAAUCAAGUUGUUAUCUGAAACUGAAAGACGUUGAUCAGAGUCUUCAGGCUGCAGAAGUGUCUCUGGUUCCAUUUGUGUGAAGCGAUUCUCCUGCAAACCCACUUCUGUCACAAUACAUCAUCUGUGUCCCUGCAGCACAGAAGCAGUCAUCAGUAGCACAGGGUCACAUAUUUCAAACCACUGCACAGAAAACGUCUUGAAUUUCUUCCAGACACACAGAAUCGCUCCAUCAGAUGAGAGGAGGACGGGAAACACUGCUCGGGUUCAUCAUGAGAAUUCAGCAACAGAUAAAUGUAAAGCUGAAGAACAGCUGAUGAUGACGAAGAUGAAGAUCCAGCAGCUCCUCUGGACUCAUUCUGUAUGGAGAGAUUCAUCAGAUGAGGAGGAGCGCAUGCGCAGCGGGAAUAAGAGCUCCAUCUAAACGCCUGUCUGCGCAGAACUGCAGCAUCACAUACUUUUUAUUGUGUUACUGACAGGACUGAUGUGCGACUGUUCCUAUGGAAUAAUAAAAGAAAGCAAACCCACACA